AUGAGGAGACCAACCCUUCAUGGUAACGAGUUUGUCUCAGCAGAGCACAUACUACGAGCAGCUCUGGAAGAUGGACCCAUAGGGUUCAUGCUGUUGGAGGAGCCACCAUCAUCACUCCUGGCCUUUGGUUUUGUACCUACAGGCACAGACAAAGGAGUCGAGAUGGAGGUGGAGGUAGACAAGGUGGUGACGGCUGCAGACAUACCAAAGCCAUACCAACACCUGCGAGAUGUGUUUGAUGAGGUGGAAGCAGACAAGCUACCCCAUCAUACCGAGCAUGAUCUCCACCUCGAGUUGAUAGAAGGAGGUAAGCCACCUCAAGGGCCCCUAUACCUUAAGGGACCCAAGGAGAUGUCCGAGUUGAGGAGGUACUUGGAUGAGAACCUCGAGAAGGGGUUCAUAAGACCAUUGAAGAGCCCAGCACGAUCACCAGUGCUCUUUGUACCAAAGAAGGAUGGAGGUCUCAGACUCUGUGUGGACUACAGAGGUCUCAACAAGAUCACUGUCAAGAACAGGGCACCAUUGCCCCUCAUCGAGGAGCAGCUGUUCUUACUCAGGAAGGCAAGGAUCUAUACCAAGCUAGACCUUAGAGCAGCAUACAACCUCAUCCGGAUUGCUAAAGGAGAUGAAUGGAAGACAGCUUUUGGCACUCAGUUGGGACUCUAUGAGUACCUAGUGAUGCCCUUUGGCCUAGCCAAUGCUCCAGCUCACUUCCAGUCAUUCAUCAAUGACAUCUUCCGAGACAUCCUUGGGAUAUAUGUGGUAGUAUACCUAGAUGACUUCCUGAUCUUCAGUGACACUGAAGAAGCACAUGUGAAGCAUGUCACUGAGGUCCUCACUUGCUUAAGGAGCAACAGGCUCUUUGCUAAGCUGUCAAAGUGUGAGUUCCACACCAAGACAGUCGAGUUCCUGGGGUACAUCAUCAAGCCAACAGGCAUAGAGAUGGACCCAGAAAAGUAUCGACCAGGAGACAAAGGUGGUGAACCCGAUGCUCUCACCAGAAGGACAGACAUGCAACCAGCUGGUGAAGAGCAGGAUCACAAUGUGAGGCAACUACUGCCUCCUCGAGUGUUCAAGGAGACAGCAGACCAUGACUCGAUCCUAGUGGCCCCCAUGAUCUCGAUGGAGUCCAUAGCAUCAAAAGGUCUCAGAGACCUGGUCAAGAUCUUCCAGCCCUUAGACCAAGAGCUACAGGAGAUACAUAGGAAGAAGCCCUUCAAGGUCAGGGAUGACCUAUGGUACAGUGGAGGAAGUGCCAAAGAGGUAGAUGGACAGUCUCUCUCUGUAGAGCACCUGCAUUUCAUGGUGAUGACUCAAUGCCAUGAUGGCAUCACUGCUGGACAUGUGGGAAGAGAUGCUACCAUCAAGGCGGCCCAACAACAUUACUGGUGGCCAAACAUGACAGCUUGGAUUGCAGAUUAUGUAGCAAGUUGUCCUGUAUGUGCCAGGUACAAAGCUCCUCGUCACUGUCCAUAUGGGUUGCUACAGCCACUAGCAAUGCCAGACAGGCCCUGGGGCUCCAUAUCCCUCGACUUCAUCGAAGGAUUACCACCAUCAAGGAACUAUGACUCCAUCCUCGUCAUUGUUGACAGGCUGACCAAGUUUGCCAUACUAGCUCCAACCCAUAAGACAGUCAUGGCCAAACAGACUGCAGUGUUGCUAUACAGACACAUGGUUAGACUUUUCAGAUACCCAGACCACAUGGUCUCGGACCGAGGCAGGCAGUUCAUAUCAGGAGCAUGGAAGGCAUUCACAGAACAAAUGGGUGUGAAGCACUCACUUAGCACAGCUUACCAUCCUCAAACUGAUGGUCAGACAGAGAGGGUCAAUCAGGUCAUAGAGCAGUACCUAAGGAUGUACUGCAACUAUGAGCAGAAUGACUGGGCUGACCUGCUGGACACUGCAGCCUUUGUAUACAACAACACAGUCCACAACAGCAUUGGUGUCUCACCAUUCUUUGCAUGCUAUGGAUGGAACCCUAAGGCUCAUCCUGAUAUCCCUCAAUGA